AUGGGAUCCAAUUAUGAGAGUUUGGUGGACAUGUGCUCUAGCUCCUUGAUGAAUCAAAUCAGAACUUUCAACGAAGAGCAGCUGAGGCUGUUGCUAGAUGAUAACCGACGGAUCGAUGGGAUGAUCGAACAGAUGCCGCAGGUAUUGAUAAUUUUCUGUUUUUAUAUUAGUUUAGAGUAUGCUCACGGAUAAAACUUUUUUUAGUUCUCCACACUAAGGUCAGAUAAGGAGACGCGACUCAUCAUGUGCAAAAGUAUGGCAGAGUCGAACCUGGCCAUGGAGCCAACUUUUAAUCAAUCUAGGGAGAAAUUGAAUCGGACGUUGAAUGAGGUUCGAGGGCUGAUUGCCGCAGUGAAAUCAAUAGAAGCUGAAGUUGGAGACGAUAGCGGACCUCAGAAUCUUGAAACCACUAGCGCUCUACUUCAAGCAGCAGCUCAGACAGUUGAGGAUGAAAGCGAAGUGAGUUUCUUUAUUUUUGGUUGGGUUUUAGGAUCAAAAACUUAAAAAUACAUGAAGGAUAAUGUAAAAUUUGAUGAGAAAAUGAGUACAUCUUGCGUUUUCAGCGAUUAUCUGACAAGUUGCUAGAUGGCGACAUAGAAGUGGACGAUUUUAUCAAGGAUUUCGAGAAGAAACGGAUCCGUUUUCAUCUGCGGAAGAUCAAAGCCGAGAAGUUGAUUGAGCUCUCGCGACAGCCAGUAUAUACCCCUCAAACCGCAGGAUCUCGACCGUACUCUCAACCAAUUUAUCCUCAUCCAGCCGCUGGAUAUCGGCAAUCCGGUGCUUUCAUGUACCCCACCCCAGCUUAUCGGAACUCUGGAUUCAUGUAA